AUGAUGGGAGACGACACUGGGAAAAAAAUGGAGUGUAACGGACAACCGUUGAAAAAAAAAUGUAAAAAAAAAACAUUUGGAAAAAAAACGUUUGCCACGGAACAAAGACCGUUAAAACAAGAAAAAUUAAACGUUAACGAAAGGCCGAUACGUAAAAAAAAGAAAACGAAAAAAUAUGAAAGUUACGAGAGAAGAAAUGGUAAAUCUCCGGAACCGGAAAUACAGCACGAGACGAAUCUGCUGUUGGCAUUGGGUUUAACACCCAUCAAAAAGGAUGAUGAAGGAAAUGAGGAAAACAAUGAGUAUUAUUUCGUUUACGUCAUCAUUUUAAAAAAAAAAAACUCAAUAGUGUACCACGCAGCGAAAAAAUUUAACCUGUUUGUUAAUGCAUUUGUGAAAAAUGUAACCGAAAUCAAAAAUCAAAUUCGAAAAUAA